UUUUUUUCUAAGUUAUGGAUCGAGAUCAGUGAAAUCUCUUUUGGGUGAAUGAAUCUACUUUUGUUUUUUAAUUAGGACAAAAUCUCUAAUUAAAAAGCCACAGAUUUUGUCUUUACUUGUUUUGUUUUAAACCCUAGUUACUUACUUGUUAGGUUAAUGAAAUCUACAAUUCUUAUCUUGUUUCCAAAAUUGGGAAAAACAAUCCAACAAUAUAAUAUAAGAGACACGUAACGGCUCAAGAAGUCGGUGAUUGGAGGUAACGUGAUUGAAUCUUCUUCAUCAUCUUCUCUCUUAAGAACUUUUCUUAAGACCAAGGAAGAGCCGCCUUAUUACACCUGUUUCAUUAGCAUCGUCAACAAUUCAUUCAUUCACCAACCUUACUUGCUGCAAAUCUCUCAUACCCAUUUUUAAGGACACCUUCUUAUAGAGAGAGAUCACAUAAAAGUUUCAAGUUUUCUAUUGCGAUAGGUAUAUUGUUCUUGAAGCCUUCAAGUUUCUGUCUUUUUUUCUUCUUGAUUUGAAUAAAGUUUGAUGGGAGGAGGGAAUUCCAAAGAAGAGUCGUCAUCUCCAUCUUCAUCAUCAUGGGCUUCUCAUCAAAGUUAUCCUCAAUAUGGACCUGAUAGCUACAACUAUCCUCCUCCACCCACUUAUACUCCUCCUCCUGCUCCGGUGCCUGCUCCUGCUCCAUCUCCGUCUUCCAGUUAUGGCCAUCCUUAUCAGAUGCCGCAUAGUCAAGAGGGCUAUGCAUCACAGCCUAAUUAUCCUCCACCGCCUUCACAGAGUCAUGAUGCUGACCGGAAGAAAUUUGAUCGGAGGUAUUCGAAAAUAUCGGAUAACUACUCUUCUUUACUGCAGGUGUCGGAGGCUCUAGGUCGUGCAGGUCUUGAAUCUUCAAAUCUAAUCGUUGGUAUUGAUUUCACCAAGAGCAAUGAAUGGACAGGGGCCAAGUCCUUCAAUAGGAAAAGCUUGCAUCACUUAAGCAAUACCCCGAAUCCAUACGAACAGGCAAUAACUAUCAUAGGAAGAACCUUAGCCGCCUUUGACGAGGAUAACUUAAUUCCUUGUUAUGGUUUUGGAGACGCAACAACUCAUGAUCAAGAUGUGUUUAGUUUCUAUCCAGAGGGUAGAUUCUGUAAUGGAUUUGAGGAAGUAUUGGCUCGUUAUAGAGAAAUUGUACCUCACCUUAAGCUCGCAGGACCAACAUCUUUUGCCCCGAUCAUUGAAAUGGCAAUGACAGUGGUUGAGCAGAGUAGUGGCCAAUAUCAUGUGUUAGUGAUUAUAGCUGAUGGCCAGGUCACAAGAAGUGUCGAUACCGAACAUGGGCGGCUAAGUCCGCAAGAACAGAAGACGGUCGAUGCAAUUGUGAAAGCAAGUACCCUUCCUUUGUCAAUAGUCUUAGUCGGGGUCGGGGAUGGACCAUGGGACAUGAUGCAGGAAUUUGAUGAUAACAUACCUGCCCGAGCUUUCGAUAACUUCCAAUUUGUGAACUUCACAGAGAUCAUGUCAAAGAACAAAGACCAGUCUCGGAAGGAGACAGAAUUCGCACUCUCUGCUCUCAUGGAGAUUCCUCCACAGUACAAAGCAACGAUAGAGCUUAACCUUUUAGGGGGAAGAAAUGGGAGUAUCCCAGAGAGAAUCCCACUUCCGCCACCGGUGCAGAGCGGAUCAUCAUUCUCUAGUUCCAGAAUACCGAGUUUUGAACCGAGUGUACCUACUUAUCCAUUUGAGAGCAAGCAUAUGAGCAGUGGUUCAGACGAUAACCAGCUAUGUCCGAUAUGUCUGAGCAACCCGAAAAACAUGGCGUUUGGUUGUGGCCAUCAGACUUGUUGUGAAUGCGGACCAGAUCUUAAAGUGUGUCCGAUUUGUCGUGCCCCGAUCCAGACCAGAAUCAAGCUCUACUAACAACACCAUUGUCAAUGGUCCAUUGACAUAAGCUUUGACCAGUCCAAUCCCAUUUCUUCCAGAGAUUUUCACAUCUUUUUGUAGAAAAAAAAAGUGUUCUUUUGUUCUUUGAUUGGAUUGUAAGAAUAAUGUAUUUAUAUGGGGAGGGCUUUCUUGGGUUUUUCAAGAUUCGAUAGAACCAAAGUUGCUUAUA